AUGAAGCUCCCUUCACUCUUCAAGAAAAAAGAAGUACAAUGUCUAAGCAAAUGCAUCCCUCCAAUAUUUGCAUUCCAUAAGACUGUUUCUUCCCAAACCACCGCCGGCAAUGUUAACAACUUCAGUUCAAGAUUAUCUGAUGCCACCGAGUUGAUAGCCGGGGAGAGUGCAUGGCCGUGUUCCGAGGAGCGUCAAAGGCAGGCUUUGGACAAGGCUUUUCAGGCAAUGAGAUCAGAGAGGCUGUUUCUGGAGCUGAAUGACACAAGUUCAAUCUCAGUAGGAGAUUCCAGGUUCCCAUUCCAAGAGUUCGUUGUGGUGGCUCUUCAGUCCAAUGAUCCAUACGUGAAUUUUCGGAUUUCAAUGGAGGAAAUGAUUGAGGAUUAUGGGUUGCAGGCUAACGGGCUAAAGGAUUGGAAUUAUCUGGAGGCUUUGCUUGCCUGGUACUUGAGGAUGAAUAGCAAGACCAAUCAUGGUUUUAUAGUUGCUGCAUUUGUUGAUAUGAUUGUUGCUGUUGGUAUAUUGUAG